GCCUCCCUUCUCCGGCGCUGCGUUGGUUUUGCUCGGAAGCCUUUGAGCUUCCAAGGUUUUGAUGUUUGAGUCACCAGUUUCCCGACUGCUCAAGCAUGUUGGAGCCGCCCUGUGCUCCCUCCUUCGAUGACCCUUCUGGGUCUGUCGACUUUUGGGUCCCUUUUGGUGACCCUUUUGGUUUUCUUAUUUUUUCUUGUUGUUUUGUUUUACUUUGUGUUCUUGUAUAGUUUAUGUAUUUCAGAUCUGGCGACCCUCGGCUCUAUCCUGCAGAUCUUGUUAGGUACUCGCUGAUUUUGGUUUGCUUGCAGAUCCGACGGUGGUCCCCUCCAUCUGGCAGUUUUUAUCAAUGGCGGUGCACGCAGGGGAUCCAAGAUCUGGCAACCUCGCGACCCACCUGCUGCCUCCAAGGAACGGCCUCCGCCUGAUCGGGUCUCCGCAUCGACAUCUUGGAGCCUGACGCACCUUCUACAUGGGUAGAUUGAAGAGUGUCUCGUUUGGAUCGCUUGACCGAAGGCCGCUGUAUAGCUGGGCCCUUAGCGGUUGUUCGAGUGUCAUGUGCACCUCCCUUCGGCCUCUGGAUAUGGGUCUACUCCAGUUUCUUGCUCCUGAUGUAAUUUUACUGUUUAUUAUUCCUGUAGAUGCCGUAUGGCGGUGUUUGAAAUGAAC